CCUUAAUCCUUCACCUUUCCCUCCAGGAUGCUCGGCUGCCGGCGACGCGGACGAUGGAUGACCGCGGGACUCCUGGCGGCCGCCCUCUGCCUCCUCAUCUUCCUCAUAAGGGAUCCGAGAGUCUCCUUCGACGAGAACUCUGACGUCAUGAUCCCACUCAAAUCCAAACACAAGAACCAAGAGGAAUACAUAGACAAGCGCGGCAUUCACGUGGUGGUUGGGCAUUACAUGGGCGAAGACACACCGGGCAAGACCACGCCAAAUCUGACCAAUGAAAUCCUCAACACCAACGGUUAUAAUCCCCACGUCGGCGCCGGAGAGAACGGGGAUCCAGUCCAGAUCCCCAACUGGGAGAUGGGGAAGAUGCAGAGGCUGUACCACAUCAACAAGUUUAACCUCUUGGCCUCGGACAGGAUUUCUGUGAACAGGUCGCUCCCUGACGUCAGGAAAAAGAGGUGCCACGACACAGCCUUCGACAUCGGCGUCCUCCCGACGACCUCCGUAGUCAUCGUCUUCCACAACGAGGCUUGGUCGACCCUCCUGAGGACCGUCCACUCCGUCAUCUCUCGCUCGCCGAGGCAGCUCCUGCGGGAGAUCCUCCUCGUGGACGACGCCUCCGAGAGGACUUUCCUCAAGGAACCGCUUGAGGAGUACGUGUCCAAGCUCCCUGUGCCCGUCCGCGUGAUCCGGUCGCCAAAGAGGACGGGGCUGAUCAGGGCGCGACUCCUAGGGGCACAGGAGGCAAAGGGGGAGGUCCUUACCUUCCUGGACGCCCACUGCGAGGCCACGAUAGGCUGGUUGGAACCCUUGCUAUCAAGAAUCGCAGAAGAUAACAAGCGAGUGGUGUGCCCCAUAAUUGACAUCAUUCAUGAGGACACUUUCCAGUAUGUCAAGUCUUUCGAGCUCCACUGGGGGGCCUUCAACUGGAACCUACAUUUCCGCUGGUACACCCUGGGACAAAAGGAACUUGAUCAAAGGAAGAGAGAUAUUACAGAGGCUUAUAGGACCCCAGCCAUGGCAGGAGGGCUGUUCAGCAUCCACAAAGACUAUUUCUACCAGAUUGGUGCUUAUGAUCGCAACAUGGACGUCUGGGGCGGAGAGAACCUCGAAAUGUCGUUCAGGGUCUGGAUGUGCGGCGGUUCGAUUGAGAUAGCCCCCUGCAGCCACGUUGGCCACGUAUUCAGGAAAAGCUCCCCCUAUACAUUCCCUGGGGAAGGAGGGGUAGGGGGCGUCCUCUACAGGAAUCUUGCACGCGUUGCUCUGGUCUGGCUUGACGAUUGGGCUGAGUUUUACUUCAAAAUCAAUGCAGAGGCUGCAAAAGUCCGAAAUGAUGUUGUCGUGAAGGACCGAGUUAUGCUACGAGACCGUCUCAGUUGCCACACUUUUGAGUGGUAUUUGCAGAAUAUUUGGCCAGAGAAUUUUUUCCCUGCAAAAGAUAGAUUUGUGGGCAAGAUCCGCCAUGACUCCUUGGGCAAGUGUCUCCAGAGGCCAAUGGGUAAAGGCGGCUCAAACCAACCCACAGGCACAGCUGUCUUGCAUGAGUGCGUCUAUGAGGUCUACCCAUCGCAGAUCUUUGUGUUUAGUAAAAAAGGCUACAUCAUGACUGAUGAGAGUGUGUGCUUAGAUGCCCCGGAUGCAGAAUCAGCCAAGAAUCCGCAGGUGCGCAUCAUGGCCUGCAAUGAAUAUGAGAGGCAGAAGUGGACCUACAAGGAGGAUACUAAGCAGGUCCAGCACAAGCAGACCGGCUGGUGCCUCGACCUCCCUUCCAAGAGCAACCCAGACACGCUCUCCCUUAGCAAGUGUGACACGUACAGCGCGUCGCAGAGGUGGAACUUUGAGCAUGUGGAUUGGACCCAAGGGCGGUGAUUGAGGCCGGGGAUGAAUGAGGUGAAUCUGAUGGUAGAAUCUUGAAUAAAUAAUGGGUGAAUUGUGCAUAUGAAUGAUUAGAUGCUGAGGAUGGACGGAUAUGAAGAAUUGAUGAUGGAAUGAUGACUGAAUAGCUGAUGAAUAAGUGUGAUGAGCUGAUGAUGAGAUGAAGUAAUGAGGAUUGAUCAAAACAAAGUGAUAAGGGGAAUAAAAUGAACUAAUAAUAGAUGAAUGAUAAAAGGAAUAUAUGAAUAAACAAUAAAAAUAUGAAUAAAGGAUAAAAGGAUUGGCUAGUAAAGAUAUGGAUGAGGUAGGUAAAUGAGUAAAAAUGCAGAGGUAAUAGGUGAACAGUGAAUAACAUGAAUGAAAGCUGAACAAGAUGAAUGGGUAAUGUAAAGAAGCAUGAUAAAUUAUUAAGAAAGUAUCAUUAACUAAGGAGAGAUACAGAAAAGCUAAAGGAUUAAACUGUUAGAAUAUAGAGAAUAAACAUUGAUAAAGAAAGUGAAUGAUAGCAAAUGAAAUUGAUGAAUAAAAGAGAAUAAGAUGAAUGAUUCUGGAAACAAAGGUGAAUAAUCAAAAUAUAAAUGGAGAGUAAAUUCUUAAAAAAAUAACUGAAUAAGUGAUAUACAUUGUAUAAAUAAUAGAUGAAGGAAUAUAUGAUUUAGUGCAUAUUGUAUGCAAAUGGAAAAGUUAUUAAUUUUAAUGCAUAGUGUAUAAAGAAAUAGAUGAAGAGUAAGUUAGUGUAACAUAAUUUUGUUCCCUGCAAGCUAUAGGGAUCUGAGUCAUUCAACAAGAUAAAUGUACAGUGUGAAUAGCUAUAUAUUUUUUGAUAAACAGUGAUAUACAUGUAGAUAACCGUACGUCCGGCAACUAAUGAUCCGUCAGCCUCUUUUAACCCUGAUGGAAUUGUGGGCGGAUAUUUGACCUUUCCAGGCCUACAUUAGAUUAGAUCCUUGUGGUGGCGAUCGCUUAUUUAUUUGAUUCUCAUUUCAUUUUUCUUUUUAUUAAGUUCAGAACUUCAUAGCAUGAGUUAAGAGAUGUAGGAGCAGUGUAACUUGCCGGCCAGAAGAAUUUUACGUGGCCUUCGUUGAAGUGAAAAAAUAGGUAAUGACAGAAAAUUGGUGGGAUUUAGUUUAAAAGGCAUUUUUAUUUAUUAAUCUUAAUUAUGUCUUAUAUAUAUAUAUAUAUAUAUAUAUAUAUAUAUAUAUAUAUAUAUAUAUAUAUAUAUAUAUAUAUAUAUAUAUAUAUAUAUAUAUAUGGGAUGAAUCCAUGUACUUUUUUGUAAUGAUAUUAUUGUUAUUUUUUUCUGAAUAACUUGUUAUUUUGAUUAAUUGAUUAAUUAAUUAAGUUAUGUUCUUAGUAUGCCUGUUAUUAUUUUUUGGAGUGAAAAAUUGUGAUGUGUGUUACGGAGUCUAAAAUAAAGAAAUCAUAUAAAUUAUAUAUAAUCUAAAUCUUGCUUGCUUUACAUAUUGUUUUAUUUUAAAGUUGAUGGUGAUUAUUCAUAUAAUUUUUGAGUCCUUAGCAAAAUGAUAAUCAUGUUAGUCGAUAUGUGGUAUUUGAUACCAAAUAUUUAUAUGUAGAUAUGAAUACAUUUUUUAUAUCUUAAUUAUAAGGUAAAAUGUCUAAAUGUUAUCAUUUUUCCGCAUCAUUAAUUCUAUGGAGCUCAAUUAUUUUUAGUAUUUUAAAAGAUUUAAUGCCUUAAACUGUGUGUUAAAUCAAAGUCUAAACAGUAAAUGCUACUGUACUUAAAUGUCCUCAUGUUUUAAUAGUAUAUUACCAGAUAUACCAUUAGACUGUUAUACUGGAUAAAGUUACGAUCAUUUGCGUAAAAGUUUAUAACCUUUUUUUCUUAUAAUAUAGUGAUAUCACCAUUCCAUUAUUGAUUUUGCUGAACUUGAUUCUCAUGUGAGGUAGUCAGUGGUUUAAGAUUUUAAGCUGUUCCAUGUACUUUUUAUACAACUAAGGGACUGUAAUUGAAAGUUGCAAUAUUUUGUAAUAUAAUGUCAGUUUGGUCUUUACUAUUAAGGUUUUGAAGAUUUGUAGGUGACGAUAUUGCUCUUUUUGUAUCAUCUUUUUACAAAUGUAUUACUACUUUGCUACAGUUGUUCUUGUGUCAUAUACGUGUACUGUUAGUGUUGAAUACGGCAUUGAAUUCUUUAACCUUUCAUGCUAUAACGAGGUUGUUGGUGGUAACCUAGGUAGAAACUUCAGGCUUUUUGGUCAAUUAAUGUAUGUGGGUGUUCUUAACUUUGGAAACAAAAGCAAAACCAAAAAAAAAUGUUUUUUGGGUCUUAGAAAAGUGUUAAAUUUUUAUAUUUUGAAAGAGAGAGAGCAUAUUCAGACCAGCACAUAAGUUUCCAAAGCACUUUUAAAUGUUUGACAGUUAUGGAUAUUUCACUAUAAAAUAAAGGGAGAGAGAGAGAGAGGAAAAGGAAAAAAACAGUAAAGUUAUCCAUACAAGAAAUCACUCAAUUUUAGUUUCUAAACUUCAGUCUUCUAUGACAUAUAUAUAUUUUUUUUUUCUGUAACAUCUGUGAUGCAGUAUAUAAUAUAGAUGAGAAAGACUUCUUGUAAUGAGGAAGUUGUUAAAGCUACUAGGUAGUUUGUGAGGCAACUCUUGUAAUAAUGAUUAAUGCAUAUUAACAUUGUGUGAUAGUAAUAUAUAUUAUUAAGUAUAAAAGAAUUUUGAGUAUAUAUAUUUUUUUCUCUAUUGAUAGUCCAUCUUAUUAGCUGGGAAUCUUCAAUUUUUAAAAAUCCUGUUUGUUUAUUUUGCAGCAUUUUGCGCCCAAAAUUAAGUUUCUGCUGUUGCUUUGCCUUUGUGUACCAGAGGGCAUGAAACCAAAACUAAUGAAUAAUCAAUGUAAUGGAAAUUAGUAUUUGAGUUUGUUGGAAAAGGUUAUGCAGUUCAGGUUUGGAAAAUAUAUUGUGAAUUCUUAUUUCUUAUGUCAGAUAUAAUAAAAGCAAUUAUGCAUUGAAGGAGCUUCUUAAUCUAUCACAUAAUUGUACAGGCUUAUUGGCUAUUAGUUCUUUAUAAAUAUUUAUAAUUUUGCAAUUUUUAAUCCCUUUUUGUGAAAUAAGAAUUACUAUAUAUAAAUAACUAAAUUACCAAAUAAAACUCAGAAUUGCCUGUACUAUAUGAUAAUCAAAAUAUUCAUUGUUAUAACCUUAUACAAAAGCAUGUUAUAUUUUGGGCUAAAUAAAAGCUCAUAAUGUGUUUGAAAUACAAAGUAUCUCAACCAAUGUCCGGAUUUCAAUUAUUAGAUUUGCUAUAAUUAUGGGAUUUGAAUUAUAAAAGACCCAUAUUUUCUAAUAAUAAAUUAUGAGAUGAAAUAUGACGAAUAUUUGAAUGAUAUUUAGAACCGUGGUAUGACAGUGGGAUAUCCUCAUUAGUAUUUAAAUUUUGGAAUAGAAUGCUGCCACAAGUUUCUAUCAUUCCAUAGAAUAAUAAAGCUAUUUUGUUAAAGCAAGUGGUAAGGAUUUAUUGUAAUAAAGAAUACUUUUAUGAAUAA